CCAAGGAGGACACAGAGGGUGGUGCACCACCUCCUCCUUAGCUACAAAAGGCCCCCAUCAGCUGCUGCUCUCACCCUAAGCCCUGUUGUUGUGUGACUGUGAGGAGGGAUAACAUCCCCUUCACAGUAGACCAUCGGGCAAAGAGCAGCAGCUGCAGAAAAAAAGUUCAAGGUAUCUUCUCACUACACACUUACGUGUCAAAAAGGAAUGGGUAACUCAUCAGGAAGCACCGUGGACGACCUGCAGGCAGUGGAGAUGCACCUCUGGUAUAAGAAGUUCAUGACCGAGUGUCCUUCGGGUCAGCUCACCCUGCACGAGUUCAAGCAGUUCUUCGGCCUGCGAGGCCUGGACCAGGAGGCCAACGCCUACAUCGAGCAGAUGUUCCGCACGUUUGACAUGAACAAGGACGGCUACAUAGACUUCAUAGAGUAUGUGGCCGCUCUCAGUCUGGUGAUGAGAGGGAAAAUGGAGCACAAGCUGCGCUGGUAUUUCAAACUUUAUGAUGUGGAUGGUAACGGCUGCAUUGACCGUCAUGAGCUCCUCAACAUCAUAAAGGCUAUCCGUGCUAUCAAUGGGAAUGAAAAUCAGGAGGAUUCAGCUGAGGAUUUCACUAACCGCGUGUUUGACAGGAUCGAUAUAAACGGAGAUGGUGAGCUCUCCUUGGAGGAGUUUGUGGCCGGUGCUCGCGGUGAUGAAGAUUUCAUGGAGGUGAUGAUAAAAAGCCUGGACCUGACCCACAUCAUGACUAUGAUCCACAACAGGAGGCACAGUGUUUAGGUUCUGACCUGACGACCUUAUCCUUAUUCAUGAUUUAACCUGAGAAUUCAGUACAUUGAGAUUUCAUUAAGAUUUAAUCCAGGUUAUUGUCGUUCCAAUGUGCUGCAAAAACUGAAUUCUUAUUUCUAAUCACUAAAAGAAUGACAUAUGCAUUUGGAUGACUCAAGUUAACCUUUGCAAAGUGGUCAUUGUCUUUGUUUAUCAUCGCUGAGCUCUCCCAAAGACACCUUGGCACGAGGGAUGAUCUCUCAGACGGUCUGCUUACCCACAGAUGCCCUCAGGGAUUAAACAGGGAGACAGUCGAGCAGAGUUGCAUUUAACGCACUUAAUGCUUUCUAAAUCUGUAUUUUCUGGGCGUCUAUUGUUCUACAUCAAAGAAGUUGAAUCGCUUUUUACCUGUUCUUGCCUGUGGGGUUAACAGGAGGAAGAUAUGACUUUGCAGGAGAAAGUACACCAACAGGUAGAAGUGUCUGAAGAGAUUAAGCAGUGUUCUCAUAUGUUUACUUUUUUAUCCUUUUAUAACGUUUAAAAUAAAGCUAAAGCAGAAGACAAAAUA